GGCGUUUCGUUCAUUCAAAAUUUAAAUUCACAAAUACAAAUAUUUAAUUAACUUCACAUCCUGAAUUCAAUUUUCCAAAAUUGAAUUCACAUUUUUUUGCGAAUUCAAUUUUCAUUUGAUUAAUAUAAAAGUAAAAUCCACUUUAAAAAUUUGAUUUUGAGUUGUUGAAAUAUACCUAUGAAUUACCAAUUUACGCAUUCUGAAAUCCAUCAAAUUUUGCUAUAAGUUUAAUGCGACAUUGCUUUGUGCAUAGACUUCCUAUGGCCGAACGGGGGUGGGGAGUCAAAGUCUACAGCGUUCGGUCAUUUGAGAACUUUAUUUUAUGACGAUAUUAUGAUCGAUAUAAAAUAUCUGAGCACAUUUUGGCUGUCGUCUACGUCGUUCGGUGCUACAUUUUUUCGCGAAAGUCAUGGAUGAGAUAGUAAGUGUCGAGGCAGUCAGAGAUCUAGUCGUGAGAAAAAAGCUGACGCACAAGCAAAUAAGCGAGGAACUGCGACGAGCAAAUCCUGGCGUUCGAGGUCUAAGCGAAAUGAGUGUGCGACGCUUUUGUUCUGCACAUGACAUUCACCGCAUGUCGAAAGUUACAGACCAAGAGCUAGAUUGUGCUGUGUCUGUAGCCGUUUCACAGGUUGGCCCAACUUAUGGUCGCAAAAUGAUGAAAGGAAAGCUUGAAGCUGCAAUUGUUAAAGUUAAUGAAAAGCGCCUUUCAAGGUCACUUCAUAGAGUUGCACCAGAUUAUUGUCAACAAAGAGAACAAAACACAGCAAAGCUAUUGAAUCCAGUGCCAUACAGUGCAGAUUACUUUGGUCACAAACUUCACAUGGAUCAAAAUGAAAAGUUGGUCAUGUAUGGGUGCACGACAGUCUUGGCAGUUGAUGGAUACAGCAGCAUGAUUAUGGCAGCUGCUUCGAUGCCUGUGAAAAAUAAUGUGAAAAUUUAUCGCUCUGUAUUCAGGCCUAUUAUUGAACAAUAUGGUGUAUGGGACCAAGUUCGUGUUGACUGUGGAAAGGAGUUUUAUCUCACUUUGUUUGUGCAACAAAGUUUGUCUGCACAUAGAAGAAACACGCUUCGAGUACCAUACAAACAGACACCAUCCACCAAGAACCACAUGGUUGAACGGCUUUGGGUUGAAGUGAACGGCAGGAUUAAUUACUCAAUCAAAACCCAGUUGAACAGGAUGGCUCAAGAAGAGCUAAUUGAUAUGGUCAACGUUGUUCAUCAGUUCUGCGUAUCUACCAUAGUAAUCCAGGUUGUUCAGGCUGGAAUACAAGAGCUCCUCCCAGCAUGGAAUUGUCAUACCAUUCCAGGAAAAGGUAAGCCAGUAGAGCUGAGGAACAACACUUACAGGGGAGUAUGUGUACUUCACGGUACUGAAAUUCCCCUUCCUGAGAUUGCUGUUCAACAGUAUGAAAGAAGUGGGGGUCAAAUAAAAAGUUUUGGUAAUUUUGGAACUGAUCCCUUACUGGAAUUUCAACAUCUUCAAAUAAUCAGAGACAAAGAAUUCAAAAGCCGAAACCCUAGUUUUGCUACGAUAUUUAAUGAGAUUGUAAAUAGUAAGCCAAAUUCCUUUUUUAAUGCUGUAAUUAGUUUUAUUAACAUUACAACACACCUUUCCCCUUCAACAUAAAAAAUAAAUAUGAAAGAAAUAUACAUAA